CCUUUUACGAAGAACUGGAAUCUAUUAUUACCCAGUUAUUAUACGAGUCAGAAUAUCGUAUUCUCGAUAAUUAGCGCGUUUAAUCUUAUCACGGAUAUAAUAAUUAUAGCGUUGCCGAGUAUUACCGAGCCCGCGCUUACUAUUACAAACUCAUACGCGCUAAUACUCCGGCCUAUCUAUAAGGCUGCUUUCCUAUCCCUAUUUGGUAGUGCGAAGGAUGCAUACUCUACACAGCCGGCGAGUGGUCCUAUACUAAGCAAAAGUACUAAUUCGAGACGGAUGAAUGGUAUAGAUAAGAUGGAUAGUGAAUAUCCCCUUACACGAUUGCACGGAGAUAUA